ACCUGAAGCUACAGCGUACCGAGCACUGCAUUCUUAAUGUCGAAAGCAAAAGCGGUUAUCAUCUAUAACUGCCACUUUUCAUAUUGCAGAAAGUUAUGUCCAACGCCGAUAAAAGUUCGUGAACAUUUGGAAGCGGUUCAUGAAUGUCACGCGUCAGCGAGGAAAGCCACCUCAGGAUCCAGACUGGCAAUUCAUUUCUAGCGAAGCCGAUUCGGAAAACAAGUUCCCUAGAAGAUAUGGCUGCUCAGGAUGCUAUAAAAGCUUUGAAUCCCGGGACACCCUUUCAACUCACGUGGAGGCAUUGCAUACGGAACUGACUUUGGCAGAAUCUGCGCAAGUCAAACAGUCUUCUAGGCGAAACAAUGAAGCUUUACAAUCUCCCUCGAUAUCAGAUGGAUUGGAUCAAGCAUCAGAUGUGCGCUUAAAAAAAAGAAAAGGCUAUGAGUCGCCAACAGGAGGUGAAUCAACCCGGCGGCAUCGAAACUUGCUUGAGGAGUUUACGACCAGUCUAGAGGAGAAUCCUUUUGAUGAUGAUGACGACCCACUUAUCUCUGUUCCUACCGAUUUUGGCUUCGAAUUUAAGCGUGAAAGUGAAGAAGAAUGGAUUCUGAAUGGCGAGGACGUCUUGGAGUCUAUAUACGAGUACCAAAAUGCGAGUCUCAGAUACUUACGCCAAAAGACUGCAAUUAAUGAGAAUAUGGAAAGGAUACUAUCACUGUCUUCCAUCAUUUUACUCAGGGAUCAAAGCACGGUAUUUGAUGACAGCUCAGACCAAUUGCAGCUCAGAGAAGCUAUCAAACUUGAACAAUUAAGCGCAAUGCAGACGGAAAUGAAUGAGGAUGAAAAAUUUGAUCUGGAAUCGCUUCGGAAUAUCUUGAAGAUGACUCUUAAAGAAAAUAACCGUACUUUAGGUUUGAAGGCAAUCGAUGCUACUGAAAUGAAGGAAUUGAGUCGUUUAAAGGAACUGACACGCUAUAUAAUUGGUCAUCACCCUUUUCGUAAGGUAUCGCAUGUCGGUCGUAAAAGUGAAACAGAGACACAGUGUACCACAGCACACCUAUACCCUUUCAUGUUGAGCAUGUAUGGUGAUCCAGAUAGGUUUCCAGUUGUUUUUGGCAACAGCUCUUCCACCGCUUCAGCAGCUCGCAUCAACGGAAAAUACCAAGCACGGCAGCCAGAUGGUAUCAUUCAAGCCGUUCAUGGACACGCCACUUUUGAAGCUGGAUAUAUGGAGAACAAGUUCAACAACGCCACCAAGGCUAAUGUUGCAAAAGAUUUGAUGCGACUUUGUCGAUUUGCGAAGGACAGUUUGGAUCUGCUUCGAAGAAGAUCAGUGAAUCCAGACCUCUUUGUAACAUUGAAUCAAAUCGUUGACCACCAUGUAGAUCUCUUUGUUUCGAAACGCAAAGCGGAUGGCUUUACCCUAGUCACUCAAGUCGGCUCGUACGAGUUACCGUGCACCAUUAGGGAUAUGCUUGCCUUUUUGGAUGACUAUGAAGGACUGCACAUGUUUUUCAAAGCAAGCCUGGACUGCUGUGCAAAAUUUCGCCAAGUGCUUGUGACGAACCCUCCGACGUUGGCUGAUACAACAUAUCGGCAGUGUGUCAGCACACCAGAGCUGAAAAAAUUCUUGUUGCUUUGAGAUGAACGUACUCAAGAUCAUUGCUUGCAUCCUCACUCACACAGUCAUUAAUGUAUUUCAUCCUUUGUUACAUUAGCUAGAUAUAAACAUUUGCGUAUACCCUCAUACUUGCUCUAAAUUCCCUACCUUGAUUUUGUAAUUUUCGCAGUUCAAUAAACAUCAUCUCAUUCAUAAAUUUGACACUCUCAUUAUCAGACAUGAAGCCGAUUAUGAUUUAUGAGAGAAGGUGAAAACAUUUCGGCAAUAAAGUAAGAGUCAGCAUAGAUUUGCUCAGAUUGUAUAUUUGCCCUUGGAUAGAAGUAUAAUGUUC